AUGGCCAUAUCGACAACCUGGGUUCACGACUUAGCUGUUGUCAGCGUUGUAGGUCUUAUUACGUCUAUAGUACGCUCCAGUGCCAGAACGUACUUUGAGCAAACUAUAUCAGAAUGGCCUAAACUAGAUGAAGCGGUCAAAAGCCGGUUAGCAGUUGAAGUGGGCGUCAUACCAUCUCGAAUCGUCUUGUUUUAUCUCACCCUGCCGGUGAUGCUAAAUGGAUUCUCUCCUACAGAGUCAUGGACAGCCAGUGAUACAGCAAAUUCACUGUUGUCGUGUGCUAUUCUGACUGGAUCGUAUAUCAUUGAUCUUACCGUUACAAGGAAUGAUAAGGCUGCCACACUGCACCAUAUGAUGGGCCCAGCCUUACUAUUAUGGAUCCGUCUUUCUUUCUCAUCCUUUACAUCCUCAGAUGCUCUCUUAUGUCGACUAUUAAUCCAAUUUGUAUUUUUUGGAGCCACAAUCUCCGGAGCCACAACAACAACGCUAGUAUUUCUAUACCAGUUCAGAAAAACCUGGUUUCGAUCCAGUGCCAGCAACGCUUACUUCUAUUUCACCUUGCUUCUUCCAGUGUUAGCUUUGUCUACUAUUGCCAGCACAUUUUACUGCACUACCUAUUUACUUGUCUGGUUUGAAGAAGUUUUUGCUUACUUCGGACAUUGGGGUUAUCUCCCGCUUGGAUGGGUACUGGUCGAGUGCGGCAUGCAAUGGAAAUGGUUAAUGUGGUUCUAUAAUUUUGAUGAGUGGUACCGCAACACGACAUACGACGAUCCAAAAGAGUCGAAUGAGACCAAACAACACAUGGCAACGGUGGCAACUGCCGCAUGGUGGUUGCCAAAGUGGCGCUUUGCAGCUAUUCAACUGCUGGCAGCAGCGUGGUUUGUUACUGUGCUUGGGGCCAUUUGGAGAACAGGUGAUAUCCAAUAUUUGGGGAGAAAAAUGGCCGGCAUCGCGUCAAAUAUUUGGAAUCAGGGUUUAGAAGUUCGUUACGAUGUAUUAAAUUCACAGAAACACCAAGACUUAUGA